AUGCUCGAAUACGGGUCCGCUACUCCGCCUGCCCCGCUGUUCUCUCCGCUAGUCCUUGUGAUAUUUAUUGCGUGCGUCGCUGGCGCUGCAGCUCUUCUACAAUGUGCGCUAGUUGCCGCGAUAAUCAAACGGACAAGAAACGGUUUAUACUGUCUUAUUCUCCAACUCAUUGUGGCUGACUUUGUGCUACUCAGUGCUUCGAUCGGACCAGAAAUUUGGACUACAAAUGCAAAAACCUGGGACUUCGGUAAAAGCACCUGUGUAACAUUUCGAGGACUCGGCGUAUUUGCUUCAACAGCAUCACUUUAUUUGGUCGUUGCUAUUGCACUACACACAUUAGCGACCAUUAAUCUCGAAGAAAAAGUCGCGGCUCAGAAUAAGCGGAGUACUAUUAUAGAUGAUGAAUCGAGGUCUUCACGGCACAGCCUUGUGGCGAACAGUGAUACAUCAACUCCAACCCGCACUAUGAAUGUCGAUUAUAGACUUACAACUAAUACCAAAGUUCCUAUAAUACCCCCAUCACUUUUUAUAUGGUUUUUAAGUGGGUCGCUCUGCAUUCCUGAAUUUGCAUUAUCCAAUACUGUACCACUUGACCAUGAUAUAAUUGUUUGUGGCUUAGUAGAUUCAGGCCACAGAUUCAACAUCUAUUUUAUGCUAGCAAUUUUUAACUUUUUUAUACCUACCUUUAUAAUGUCUGUCGCUGGUGUUUUGGUAGGAUUUAAAUUAAGUUCGAAGCAUUUUCGAAAGAAUGAUAAAGAAUCGGUGUCGGCUUUAAAAUUUUCCUUAAGUUUAAUUUUAGUCUAUUUCAUAAUGUGUUCACCACGCUCCCUCCUUUGUGUAUAUGAAAUAUAUUCAAAUAACUAUAGCGAUAGACUCAAAAACGAGAACAACUUAUUUUUAACGAUUAAUUUAAUGUGUAGCAGCGUAUAUUUAGUGUCAAUAUUAUUAAAACCCCUACUGUGUAUUACACUGAUACCUAGAAUUAGAAAUAAGUUUUCAUUGUAUUCAGGAAAUGUUGUAGAAGUAUAA